UAGGUAACCAGAUCUCCCUUCACUUCCCAAUACAUCAUCCUGAGCUGCCCACGGCAGGUGUCCAGCCGUCUUUCCCGGGUCUCGGACACCCACCCUCCGGGGGACCCUGACAAGCAGGAGGAAGGGAGAAGCAAGAGCCCAGCUACCGCCCCCCCCCCCCACCCGAGCCACCCCCAGCCACUGGUUCACUGCGAGGAUCCGGCCGCCUGGCCCAUCGGGUCACCACCAGCAUGAGCCUGGGCAUCAUGGAGGAGGACGAGCUGGCCGAGUACUUCCGGCUACAGUAUGGGGAGAGGCUACUACAGCUGCUGCAGAAGUUCCCCAACAUUGAGGAGCAGUCGGAGUCCCCAUCCAUCCGGCUCCUGGAAAAGAAGAAAGAGGCCAAGAUCAUGCACACUGCUAUGGAGCAGAAGAAGGAGACGUUUCGGCGCCGGAUGGAAACCCUGAAUCUGCGUUGGGAGGAGCUGGGUACCAAGGAGGCCCAGCUGAAGGCUCACAUCCAGAAGUUCGAGCAGUUCAUCCAGGAGAACGACCAGAAACGGAUCCGCGCCCUGAAGAAAGCCAACAAGGAGCGCGAGCUGAAGAGGCAGCGGGUGCGCGAGCUGGCCAAGGUCAAGCAGGAGAUGGGGGCCCUGCGGCUGCAGCACCAGCGGCUGAGCACCAGGAUGCAGGAGUUCUCCGUCUUCAACAAGUACCUGGAGAAGGUGGUGGAGCACUCGGAGUUCGAGGAGAUCCACGAGGUGAUUUCACGCUACAAGACGCUGAUAAGCAUGCACCACGACCUCAUGCAGUCGGCGCAGGAGGGCCAGGAGAAGAUUGAGCGCGCCAAGGCACGGCUGGCACGCUACAUGGAGGAGAAGGACGACGAGAUCCUGCAGCACAACAACGAGCUGGCGCGUCUGCAGAUGCGCUUUGACCGAGCCCGCAGCGACGUCAUCGUCUGGGAAUCUCGCUGGGCACACAUCCAGAACACGGCCGCCAAGAAGACCCUCUUGCUUGGCACCAUCAAGAUGGCGGCAUUGAACCUCUUCCAGAUCGUGAGCAAGCAGCUGAAGGAGACCGCCGCCGUGUCCCUGGAGGACACCCACAAACAGCUGGACAUGGUUCCCAGGUGAUGGUGCUGGUCUGGCUUCCACGCUUUGAGAACCACGGCAUUAGCGCUGAGACCCUUUUGGCCCUGGUGAACGCGGGCCCCAACGGGGACCCACGAUUGAAUUCAUCGCUGGUGCAAAAACAGUCUUCUUAGAUUCUAGAGACGUGCUGAAAGCUCCGUGCCUGGGGCCCACGCUUUGGGAAAAGAGGAAAUUGGGGGUGGGGGGAAUCAGCAAGUCUAGGAAAGUCUGUCUUAUUAGGGGCACCCUGAGAUUUUUCUCUUUGAAGUAACUAAAAGGAAAUUGGAAAGGAAAUAACUUUCUCACUAUGCUUCAAAGCCGUGUGAUGCUGUGUCCAUGUGCCACCCCAAAUCGUCUCCCUUAUGUAAAUUUUUUUUUAAUUUU